AUGGAAACGUGUGUUUUAAUACCAAAAGAGUUGUCACUUGCCACAACAACAAUAACGGCAAAUCAUGAAGCCGAAAUCACAGUGUGGACAACAUCGUACAUUGAGCAAGGCACAAUAUUCUAUCCCUUUCAAGGGACGAUACGCUGGGACAAAUUGGACGCAUUUCAAUAUCUCGACGAAAACGAUAUCCGAUAUCGUUUCGGCUUGUACGAUGAGAUCUCAGAUGCUUUCCAUAGGCCAGUGCGUAGCUGUAAUUGGAUACGCUUUCUGCGUGUUUCCAGCGUAUGUGAUUCUAAUGUAAAUAUGAUUUGUACGAAGGUGAAAGGUGAACCCAUUUAUGAAGCGAUAAAACCGAUUACGGCGCAUCAAGAACUUGUUGUAUUCUACCUGCCCGAACGACCCGAAGAGGUAUUAUUCAUGCGAAUGCGAAUAUCGAUGUAUCGACAAACGAUGGAUUCCAUAAUGAAAGAUUCACCAAUCGACCUUUCCUCCUCCCUGCUGCAUCGCAUCUCACUACCCGUUUCACCGGUUUCGAGUAGUGAAGAUGAACACAAGUCAAUAUCGAGUGAUCUAUCCGGUUCGGUGAUAUCAUUAAAUGAACCUGUAAGUGAUGUUACGAGUAUAAACUCAAUAAACUGUGAAAAAGUCCGUGAUCAGCGAACGCCGCAGCGAACAAGAAUUGGUCGAAGUGAACGCUGUUUGCUGCCUUGUGAUGUUUGCGGGAAGGCAUUCGAUAGACCUAGUCUACUUAAGCGACACAUGCGAACGCAUACAGGUGAGAAACCGCAUGUGUGUAUGGUUUGCGGCAAAGGCUUUAGUACGUCGAGCAGUUUAAAUACGCAUCGACGCAUACAUUCGGGUGAAAAACCGCAUGAAUGUCAGGUGUGUGGCAAGCGGUUUACGGCCAGCUCCAACUUAUACUACCAUCGAAUGACACAUAUAAAGGAAAAGCCACAUAAAUGCAACUUAUGCUCAAAGUCAUUUCCAACACCCGGCGAUUUAAAAUCACACAUGUAUGUUCAUAGUGGCUCGUGGCCUUUUAAGUGUAACAUUUGCUUCCGUGGUUUCUCGAAACAGACAAAUCUGAAAAAUCAUCUUUUUCUGCAUACAGGCAAUAAGCCCCAUACUUGUGAAUUGUGCAACAAGAAGUUCGCAUUAGCGUGCAAUUUACGAGCUCAUAUGAAAACACAUGAAGGUGAUCCACAAGAUGAAUGUGUUCGCUGCGGCAAGGUGUACGUUACACUAAUGCAGGGAGUCUGCACAAGGUGCUCCGAUUCGAACAAUUCAACUGACACUGACAACAAGACUGGUUUUCAAUCGGGAGGCGAUACAACCACAGAAGAUGAAACCUCAAAUGGCACAACGGAAUGUAGUGACAAGUAGGAUACAAAAAAAUAAAAAAUAAAAAUACAAAAUAACAAAAAAUGCACAAAAUAAAAAAACCGAACACGAUAACGAUAACUACAUGCAUUCGUACUUACAUACAUACAUACAUACAUACACAAACAAAUAUACAAACUAUAAUGACUGCUGCUGUAAAUAUAUAAAUACAUACAUACACACUAAAUAUGCACAUAUUAUCUAUAAGCAUAAAAAUGGGGCGAAGAGGGGGUGUACAUACACACAUAUGUACAUACAUAUGUACGUAUGUAUGUAUUUUUGUCUAAGUGUACAUAUUCUCUUACUCUACUCUAAAUAUACUACAUACAUACUAAGUAAGCACUAGUCGUUAAGGAUAUUUAUAAAUCUGUUUUUUAAGUGACAUUACAAAGCAAGUAUAGCACAAGCCAAUAAAAUAGAUACUGAAGAUUUUUUGUCCAAGUAUGUAUAACUGAAUGGUAGUGUUUGAUGUUGCACCGCGUCAUUGGAAACGUCAUCGUCAUCGGCGGCGUCUGCGUUGGCGUCUGCGCUCCGUUGCCGUCGCUAUUGUCGGCGAAUUUGGUUUGUAUGUCUUGCAUGAUUUUUGUUUUGUUUUAGCACUUACACACAUAUAUAUGUACGUAUAAUUCAAUGGCAACAAUGUUUAGACAGCUUUUGUCGGCUAAUUGGACACGCGACAAUUUUUGAUAAUCUUCUUUUUUUUCAAUGGCGGGUUUGACCAAGUGGAAUACAGCGUUCUUCAUUCUCGUCAAAAUUGGUUUAGCUAAAAAAACGGAGAAGGUCUCGAAAUUUUAAUAAAAAUAGAUACUUUUUAAUAACGAGGUGCGUUUUUCAAU